AUGUACAGCAAGCCGACAAAUCCUAUUCCAGUGGUCGAGAAAAAGCCUGCAGAUGCAUCAUGGGCCACCAUCCCGAAUAAAGACCAACUCGCCAUCCUGGCACUUUCUCGUCUCGUCGACUUCUGGCAGAUGGCGAGCUUGCAGUCGUAUAUGAUCCACCAACUCCGCUCAUUCGAUCCAAUGCUCCCAGAAGCUACCAUCUCACAUCAAGCGGGAAUUCUUCAGGGUAGCUUCACAGCUGCUCAGAUCGUAACGUCGAUACUUUGGGGGCGUGCGGCGGAUAAGCCGGCGCUUGGAAGAAAGAAUGUUCUCCUUAUUGGGCUCAUUGGCACUGGCAUUUCGUGCAUUGGAGUUGGGUUUGCCGAGACUUUCUGGCAGGCAACGUUAUGGAGGAUGCUAGGUGGUGCGAUUAAUGGCACGGUGGGCGCGGCGCGGACCAUAGUUGCCGAGUGUGUAGAGAAGAAGUACCAUUCGAGGGCGUUUCUAUUACUGCCGGUGGCAUUCAAUGUAGCGAACAUCCUCGGGCCCGUUGUCGGAGGCCUGCUGGUGCAUCCAGCUACAACAUUCUCUAGUAAAUUUGGUCAGAAUUCCAUUUAUGGAGGUGCCACCGGUGUAGCAUGGAUGAUGAAGUAUCCAUAUGCGCUACCUAGUCUCCUUUCUGCAUUCCUACUGUUUUCAGAAGCAAUUCUCGUAAUCAUGUGCUUGCGAGAAACUCUUCCGACAGCAAGACUCCGCCAAGGAAAGAACUCCUAUACCCUCGAGAUGUGGAAUGGGAUCACUGGCAUCCUAAGAUCGAGUAAAUUUCAAAGCUACCUUCCGCUUGAAUCUUCUCCAGCUCCGUGUCAUCAGGACGAGGAAGACAAACUCGAAUCUCCAGUCAGCGCUCACUACGAUAAGAUGCACCCUCCAAAAUCGGCCCAAAUCCUACAUUUCAAACGCAUAUGGACAUCCAAUGUCCUUCAUACGCUCCUUACAAUCGCUAUAUUCGACUUCCACAUGGGCGCCUUCUCCAGUCUCUGGGUUAUCUUCCUCUCCACCUCUCGCCCGAGCACCACCUCUUCCACCCUCUCAAAACGCACCCCUUUCCAGUUCGCCGGUGGCCUUGCUUUCCGUCCUCCUACUAUCGGCGCCUCACUCGCUAUCCUCGGCCUCGUCGGCCUCGCCAUGCAGCUCCUCCUCUACCCUGCUGCCAAUGCCCGCUACGGCCUCAUGCGUUGCUUCCGCCUGUCUCUCUUUCUCUUCCCCGCGGCCUACGCCCUAGCGCCUUACCUGAGCCUCCUCCCCUCCUCUACCCCGCCACCGGGCCCCGCCGCGGGCUUCUGGAUCUGGGCCGGCAUGUGCGUUGUCCUCACAUUCCAGGUCGCUGCUCGUACCUUCGCUCUGCCAGCCUCCAUCAUUCUCUUGAAUAACUCGUCGCCACACCCGUCUGUUCUUGCGACGAUUCACGGGGUCGGGCAGAGUGUUAGUACAGCAGGACGUACGAUCGGACCUAUAGUGGCGGGGUAUUGGAAUGGAAUGGGGUUGAAGAAGGGAAGUGUGGGGUUGGCGUGGUGGGCGGUGGCGGGUGUGAGCGCGAUAGGGUGUGUGGGGAGUUUCUGGGUUAGGAAUGGCAGUGGACAUGAAAUAUUUUUGCCCGGGGAGAGAGAAGAGAUGGAGAAGAUGGAGAAGAAGAACUAGGGGGUGGGUUUAGUAUCUAGCUAACGUAUAUAUAUUUAGAUACUGAACUAUAUAAAGACUGAGAAUAGACGAUGA